CAUGAAGUAACAAAUUGUAGUAUUAUGCAACAUGUGUAAAAUAUGUAUGAUUGUUGUUGCUUGUUUUAGUCUUUAAAAUUUGUUGAAACUGCAGCAUAAUAUUGCUUACAUCUCGUUGGAGUUUCAGAAUUUAAUAAGAAUGAAGAAUGCUGCCAGUUCGCGGAGAUCUUUGAGUCAAAUAGAGGGGCAACUGAGUCAUGGCCAGCCGCACUGCAAUGGUUCAUCUAUUGAUUCACCCCUUAAGCUGUUUAGCAAAGCGAAGAAUAAAAUCAACAAAAUAUUUCAAGAAAUUGGCGUCUACUUAGGAGAGGCAUCUUCGUUUCUUCAGGAAAAGUGUUUUGUUUCAGAAGAGUUGGCCAAUGAAAUAGACAAAUAUUCUGAGGAGGUUAAAACAUAUCUGGAGCAAGUAGCUGGGAUUGCAGAGGUUCUCAGUAGGGACAGUAUGAAAGUUGCUUUCUUCGGAAGAACUAGCAAUGGCAAGAGCACUGUAAUUAAUGCCAUGUUGAGAGAUCGUAUUUUACCAUCUGGUAUUGGUCAUACCACUAGUUGUUUCCUCAGUGUAAAUGGAACAGAAGUUGAGACACCUUAUGUACUGACUCCUGGCUCUGACGAAAAGAAAAAUAUUCAAUCUUUAAGUCAACUGGCUCAUGAACUUUGUCAAGAGAAACUAGAUCCAAGUAGCUUGAUUCAAGUCAAUUGGCCAAGAGCAAAGUGUGCAUUGCUUCGAAAUGAUAUUGUGUUGGUUGACAGCCCAGGGAUUGAUGUUAGUCCGGAUCUUGACAGUUGGAUUGAUAAUUACUGCUUGGAUGCAGAUGUUUUUGUUUUGGUAGCAAAUUCAGAGUCAACUUUGAUGGUUACAGAAAAGAAAUUUUUCAAUAAAGUCAAUCAGAAACUGUCACGGCCAAAUAUUUUUAUCUUGAACAAUCGAUGGGAUGCGUCAGCAUUUGAGCCAGAAUUUAUGAUGGCAGUUAAAAAUCAACAUAUGGAAAGAACAGUUGGUUUUCUUGUCAACGAACUUAAAUGCAUUGAUCAAUCUGAAGCAGAAAAUCGUGUUUUCUUUGUGUCUGCUAAAGAAGUUCUGACAAAGAGAAUGCAGGAAAACCAAGGAAUGCCCGAUGCAGGGGCUGCUAUACAUGCAGAAGGUUUUCAAGAAAGACUAAUGGAAUUUGAGCAUUUUGAAAGAAAGUUUGAGGAGUGCAUUUCCAAGUCAGCGAUUCAAACAAAAUUUGAAUCUCAUGCAGUACAAGGAAUGCAAACAACAAAAUUUGUUCGAGAAAUCAUGGAGAAAAUUGAAGCCAAGUCAAAGGUUGAAAGGCAGAAAUGUAUUGAAGCAAAAUGUAGCUGGGAGGAACGACUGGCUAUAAUGAAAGACAAACUGGAUGUAAUCAGUCAUGAGUUUAAGAAUAAAAUCAAGGAAAUUAAAGAAGAAGUUGAGUUGCAGGUUGCCACAGCAAUGAAUGAUGAAAUAAAACGUUUAGGAAUACUUGUAAAUCAGUUUGAUCAUCCAUUUCAUACGCAUUCUACUUUCAUUGAAACUUACAAACGAGAUCUGCACACUCAUAUUGCUAAUGGCCUGGGAAGGAAUCUUACGGCGCGAUGUGGAUUAGCUCUUUCCCAGUCCAUUGAUGAAACUAAACAAUCAAUGACUGAUCAAUUAGCUUCACUUUUACCACCAGAGCAUCCUCAUGAGGUGAUGACUAUGUCGGAUUCCAGGCAUGAAUUUGAAGUAUCCUAUCAACUUGAUAUUCCCAAUAUUUGCUCGGAUUUCAAAGAGGAUUUAGAGUUCCAUUUCUCUCUCGGUUGGCGAACAAUGUUAAGAAAGUUUUUGGCUCCAUAUAAUAGACGAUUGGCCAUUCUUCUUGGUGCUGAUUUACCAGUCGAUAAACCGAGCAGUCCGUUUGCCCGUCAAUUUAGAGGACAUGAAUUUCCUUCCACUUCUCAUUCUGUUCAAGGAUCAUCUACGGAACUUGACGAAGGUGAAACGACGGCUUCUCGAAGUGACGAAGUGCUCAAGGACGAUGAAUUGACGUUGGCGGUUAUUCGAAACAUUGCUUCUUUAACAUCACACAGCGCUACUGGUAUUGUGGUUGUUGGAGGCCUGGUUUGGAAAGUUGUUGGUUGGAAACUGAUUGUUGGGUGUGGUGGUUUGUAUGGAUCGUUAUACGUUAUUGAACGUUUACGAUGGACAAAUUAUGCAAAGGAAAAGGCGUUUAAAAAUCAGUUUGUUGAAUACACGGCCAAUCGUCUUCAGUUGGUUGUCAGUAUGACAAGUUCAAAUUGUAGUCAACAAGUUAUGAGGGAACUUUCCUCCGCUUUUGUUCAAUUGUGUGACAAAGUUGAUGCAGCGAAGAAAAAAGUGGAAGACGAGAUUUCAAAACUUAGUGAAGAUAUUACUGAUUUGGAGAAAAUUGAAAGUCAAGCGCGUCUAUUUGGAAAUAAAGCUCGAUGGCUCGAGGAUCAGUUGAGCAACUUCAUUCGAGAGUUUGGUUUAUCGCAAAGUAAAAUGUGAAAAACAUUGGUACCAGGUACAAAACUCGUUAACUCUUUAAAUUUCUGGGAAGUGAACUGAAAUAUUAUUUCACAUAAAUUUAUCUUUAAGACUUGCCAUUUCUGAAUGUUUUUUUGCGGCCUCAUCUCCAACAUUUCCUUAUAAAGUCAUCAAUUCAAUUUACCUGUACAACAACACACAUCGAAAAAACUGUAUACCUUUACAAAAGCCACCAGCAUUGAACUGUAUAUGUUACUGGAAGGCUGUCUUUAGAAACAUUCUAGUACCUAUACUUGCAUGAACCCAAAUAUAAUUUCCAGAGAAGCUUGUGACGUGUCUGCUGGUGUAAAGUUCUGCAUUUUUGCUAGCUGUCAUUAUAAAUGUUUUAUUAUGACCGUGCGUGGAAAGGUUAGGACUGACUAGUUAAAUUGCCGGAAGUGAGGUAUGUAUUUUCUUCAAAAGCAAUUCGUAAAACGAUUAUGUUAUUGAUUUUGGGCAUUGAGGGAGUGUAUUUCAACAAUGAUUUUAACUGCAACACGACCAUGAAUCAUGAAUUGGUCAGAGUUUCACACAACUGCAGGGUGUAGAUGUAGAAAGAUUGUUUUUUAAAUGACCCAGCGUGGCUUUAUUUAUGAUUUUAAAAUGAUAAGAAUUCAUGCAGCUAUUCUUCAUAGUUUAUGUAUCUUGUGAUGAUUGUAUACUUCAUGAUGUUUAUAUACGUUGUUUUGAUUAAAUACCUUUUGAUGGUUAUUUACUUUA